UAUAUAUUGGGACAUCACUAUCGAGUAUCGGACACGGCACUGGUGGUGACUGGAUGGGGAUGGAUUAUGGAAUACAAACAGCAACUAUAGCGAAUUGCAAUCUAAUUUGAGUUUUUCAGAGUUUUCGGAGUCUUGAGAAAAAUUAUUUCUCUGAUCGCUCAACGUAACAGAUUAGUAUGAAAGACAUGAAUUCUACAAUUAAGAACAACCUUUCAGAAAUAACAAAAUUAGCAAGAAAAUUUAAUUGUUUCUAUUUAUCAGGAUUACAUCAAGGUACCUGUAAACCGUUUUUGGUUGGAGGUCAUCAAGUAGGUCUUAUUCGGCCCGAUGUGCAGAAAUAUUUACUAAGAUUUCCCGAGGUAUUCAGUGUAACUGGAAAAUAUGUUGAAUUAAAUCCAGCAUUUAGGGACUAUCAAGAGAGAACUACAAGAAUUGCUGAAGUUCUACAGUUUUUGCGCAAGGAGGGGGAAAUAUGUGCUUUGAAAGGUUGGCGAGAUGAGUGCUUUGAGGUUAGUACACCAUUUUACCAUGAGAGCCUCUUGGAGAUGGAUAGAAGUGCUAUAUGUUUGUUUGGCAUCAGGAACUAUGGUGUCAGUAUAAAUGGAUACUUAUUCCACCCUACCAAAGGUCUGUGCAUUUGGCUGCAACAGAGGAGUUUUACUAAACAAACUUGGCCAGGAAAAUGGGAUUGCUUUGUGAGUGGAGGUUUGGCCGUUGGCUAUGGUAUUCUUGAAACAGCUAUCAAAGAAGUAGCUGAAGAAGCAUCCGUGGUUGGGGAUUUAGCGAAGAAACUGGUUCCAGCUGGCUGUGUGAGUUUCUACUUCGAAAGCGAGAGAGGUCUAUUCCCGAACACGGAAUAUGUAUACGAUCUGGAGCUUCCCAUGGAGUUUGUGCCUGAAAACGCAGAUGGGGAGGUGGAGAAAUUCGAGUUACUAACUGCAGAAGAAUGUGUGCAACGAGCGCUUACACCACAAUUUAAAACAACCAGCGCUCCCGUUUUACUGGACUUCUUGAUUCGGCGGGGAUACAUAAACCCAGAAAAUGAGCCGAAUUACCGACACAUCAUAGAGUUGCUUCACGUGCCGCUGCAAACUAUUUACAAAUGGCCGCAGACCGAAGUAACGACCAAUGGCGAAGAACUUCAGCGCUAAGCAGCGAUUAGUCACAAACAUUACAAUUUUUAAUUUGAGUGGAUUAUUUAUAACUUAUUUUUGUAUUUUAUUGAAGACAUUUAUUAUAAUGAAAUUAGGUACCUAUUCAAUGUGUGCGUGGUGUGAUAUUUAUACAUUCACAUUCAUCUUAAUUUUGGAGUAGACAGAGGAUGAGUCCCGAAUAGUUUAUUUAAAUUAAUAUCGUCUUCCCGGUUUUAAUUGAUGACAGAGGAAACAUUGAGUUUCCUUAAAAUAUUCAGAACGAUAUUAUUUAUUUACGAUUAUAUUAAUUUUAGCUUCACUAAUUCCUUAGUAAUAAAAAGUGCAAGACGCCAACGACCAGUGACACAUUUAAUUAGAUUUUAUUAAUUUCCAUAAAUUUAAUGUUUUCCUUGUAUUCGUAUAAUUUAAUAAAAUUUUAAUUUAGUAUUUGUCUUACCCUCAAUAAGGAUAUUAUGUAACUUAAUCUGGAGAAGUAGUCACUUUGAAAACUUAUUAGAAAUCAUAAUAGUUUAGCUAGGGACAUUUAAUUUCUGUGAUACUUUACCAAUUUGGUAUAAGCGAUGUUAGUGGGUUAAUUAUGUAGAGACGUGAAUUUGAGCAGAAAGUUAUGGGAAUCCGUACCGCAGAAAGGAAUUGAAACCGAUAUGAACUGUUAACGGACCUACCGAUAAAAGUAUCGAGCAGAGACAAUCGCAGAUACUUAUUCUAAAUUCUAUUUAAAAAGGGAGUAGGUAUUAGCAUUUAAACGCGUGGGUACGGAUCCUGUCAUGGGCAAGUUGAACUUGCAGAUUGAAUGUUAAAGUUUGUAGCCUGAUGUUUAAAGCACCUUUCAGACAACGGACUACAUUACGGAAGAUUACGUGAUUUUUCAUUUCAAUUACCUACAUAUAUAAUAUACAAACAAAAGAACUGCAGUCCUUUUAGCACCAAGCCAUAGGUUUUAAAAUUAUUUGUAUACAUUUUUUUGUGCCAUUAGUAUCCUGCUUUCAUUUAGAGUUAAAUUACGGAUGAAAUAAUUGAUAAUUUUAAUAGUUUAAAUUCGAUAUCGGUUUUUUAUUUGUCACUAAAGAUAUGUAUAAUGUUGCAUCCUCUAGUCAAUAUAAGGUUCAAAUUGUUUCAUAAUUAUGAAUGAGGUAUAUGUAUUACCAAACAAAAGCUUAAAGUUUUUUCAGUGGCAGCAUUUUUUUAAUAUUACUUAUAUUUUUACGAUACGAGUUCGUACUCGUAUACAUCUGAGUAUUUAACGACACUAGAUAGAUAUUGAACUACUAAGAAAAGGAAGCAUACGUUAAAUAUAGAGGUUUCUGCAUUUAAGAUAUCUAUAUUAUAAAAACAAAAAAAGUUCCACCUUGUAACAUGUUAUUGCAAUAAGCAAUUUAAUUAUUGACAAUAACAGUGAGGCAAAGUAAGCUUGACCUGUUGUAUGUCAUUUGUUAGACCUAAUUCUAUUUUAUCAUUAGACUGUUUUGUCUUACAAUAUAUAAAAUAUUUGCUAAAAUGUUAUAUGGAAUACGUGCGUUGAAAGCAAAUAUAUAAUUCAGAGCACCUACGGUUUCAAAUCACUUUCGUGUAUUCGUAAUUUGAAAGUAUAAAAUAUUCCAGCUUAACAAUGUUCAUUUCAUAUAUUAUGGGAACCCUUUUAUUAGUAAGUCAAUGUAAUUAUUGUACAAAGUCAGUAUUUUUACCACUUAAUUUGUUUUCUUAUAAAGAAAUUUAAGUGCAAGCUCGCUGUUUCUUUUAAAUUAAAUAAAAUGAAUAGUUUAUUUGAAAGUCACUUAAAAUUAGUAUUGCCAGUUUCUUUAGAUAGCACUUAUUCAUAAAUCUUGUUGAAACAUGUACUCGAUUCUAAAGCCUUCUAAAUAAAACAAUUAUAAAUGUUAAAUUUGUGCAGCGAAUAUUGCUUUUUCAUAAUUUUUCUACAAAGAUAUUAGUGAUCGUAGUUAUAGAUAUUAAUAUGAAACAAUGUAAAAUGCUAGAAAAAUUGUAGGAAGUCAGAAGCCUUAGAACGUUUUUUACAUUUCUAUUAACAAUUGUUAUGGGCGAAAGACUUUUUAUCCAUUUUACAUGUUAUAAUCGUUUACAUUUGUGAUUUUUAGGAUGAUACUGCUUUCCUAAAAAUGGGUAAUAAAUUUUAAGUAAAAUUA